UACAAAUAUGAGAUAAAGCUUUUUUUUUUAUGAUCCGAGUGUUGUAAGAAAUUAGAGUUACUCAUUAAAAAAAUUCACAUGAAUACUGAGAUUUAAUUGAUAGAAGAAAAACACACAAUCUGGAGUAGCAUCCAACAUUCUGAUGCUGCCAACCAUAUGUCAGGUUGCAAUUUUUUGUUGUUACGAACAAAGUUAGGGUGCAUCAUUAAUUGAUCUACCACUUGAAUAAGUAGUUCAAUUACCUAACAUGAUGAACAUAGCAAGAACACGACAGAACUCCAUAGGAAGCUCCCCGAAGGCAGUCGAAGUAGGAGAGAUUGAUACCAAAGCUCCUUUUCAAUCUGUCAAAGAUGCUGUCAGUCUCUUUGUUGAAGCAUCAUCAUCGCUGUCUCCUAAAGCCAAACCUCUUGUUACCAAGAAUAGUUUCAAACCUCAAGCACAGGUAGUGUUAGAUAAGGAGGCACAGUUACAUAUUGCCUUGAACGAGCUGAAUAGACUGAAAGAGCAACUUAGAGGAGCCGAAUCCAAGAAAAUCAAAACCAUACCUGAACUCGACAAGGCUCGUAGGACUUUUGAUGAACUCAAUCAAAAACUAAAAUCCAUCAAUGAAUCCAAGAAGUCUGUACUUGAAAAUUCAGAAGCUCUAAAUGUUAGGGCUAGGGAGCUUGAAGAAGCAAUAUCGUCUAGUGUUAAUGCUCAAGACAUGGUAGAUAGUGUACAACAAGAUCUGGAUGCCACCAGAGAGGAGUACAAUGUUACCAUCUUGGAGCUUGAUGCAUCAAAACAACUACUCAACAGCGUUCGUAGGGAAUAUGACACGAUUUUAGAAGCCAAAGCCGCUGCUUUACGCGACAAACAAAAAGCAAAUGCGGCAGCAGAAGCUCACCAGCACAGAGUCAGUGACCUCACCAAGCAGAUUUCUAGCAUGCAGGAAGCAAUAGCCAAGAUCAAAUUUUCUUCUAAAGACACUGAAGAGGAGCACCAGAAGCUUUCAACAAAUAAACGUGAGGAUCUAUGUUCUGAUAAACUUUCCAAAGAAGAAUUGGAGCAUAAAUUGCUCACUCUGAAGAAUGAACACCAAUCUCUACUGUCGGAUGAAAAUCUGCAGUUGAAACUUGUUGAAACUAAAGCUGAAAUUUUAUACAUUGAAGAAAAGUUAUCAAAAGCCCGAGCUGCAUAUUUAGAAUCUCAUAAAGGAACAACUUUUGAGCUUGAGAAUGCUAAGAAAUCACUAGAGAAGAUAGCAGAGGAGAAGUCAUCUGUUCAACAUUCAGUUGAAUCCCUCGAGCAAGAGCUAGAACAUAUUGGAAAAGAAUUGGCAGAGCAGAAGCAUAAGCAGAAAGAAAUAGAUGCUUUAGUCAACAAGCUUCAAGCCGAAGUAGACGAUAACAAGAAUGUACUUGAAGCUGGUGUUGUAAAUAAAACAAGUGCAGCAGAUGUCUCUGAUGAUACGGCCAUAUUGAUUGAGCAACUGACACUGGAAACUGAGAGAGCUAGGCAAGGAACUCAAGAGAUGAAGAAGGAAAUAGAGGAGCGGAAGCAAGAAUCCAAAACUUUCACAGAGUCAAUAGCAGAGAUGGAAAAUAAGCUAGCAAGUUUAUCCAAAGAAGUAGAAGAAGCCAAAGCCGCAGAAAGAGCUGCACAAGAUGAGAUUAAAGAUCUUUCUGAAAAAGCUGAGGCUGCUGAGGAAUCUAGUUCUGAAAGCAGUGGAAAGAUUAAGUUAUCGAAUGAAGAUUACAACUCUUUGAUGGAGAAAGCUGAUGAAUCUGAAAAGUUAGCUGAUAUAAAAGUAACUGCAAAUAUGGCUCUGGUAGAAGAUCUAGUGGCAAGCCAAAAGGAAGCAGCUAAAAAAUAUGAAGCUGUUUCAAAGGAGAUAGAAGAACUAAAGAUGAAGGAAGAGGAGGCUCUAAAGACUGCUGAAAUGGCAGAGGCUGCAAAGAGUGCUUUGGAAGUGGAGCUGCAUCGGAGGCAUCAACCAGAGCAAAUCAAUCAAACAACUGAAGCUGAAUUGGCACUUCAGAGUGAUACAGAGGAACCUAAUUCUGAAAAUUGCCUUUAGUAUCAAUAUCCUGUUCAUAAGCUCAUGUUAUAGAGAAAAAUAUAAUAGAAUUUGCAUGUUUUCUCAUUGUUGUAUUAAAAUGUUCUUGUACAGCAAUAAAAAAUAAAAAAUAAAAAAUUUGUUGUAGCUUAUGGCUGGGGAAGAAUCUCUAUAUUGCAAUUCAGAUAAGUUUUCAUUGGUGUAACUAUUUCUUAAACUGAGCCAAUCAUGUUGGUUUUUGUACCUUCAAUGUUACAACCUGAUCCCACCAUUAAGGAGCUGAUGUAUUCCCGGUGCUACAAUCAAUUUCUGGAAUCAUGAUUCCCUUGAAAGCUGUCAUCGUUAAGUGGUCAUGAACCCCCCUAGUCAUUCAAACCCCCUUAUGCUAUCUAAACCACCCCCCCCCUCUCUCUCAUUUUAUUCAAAUCCCUCCUCAUGUUAUUCAAACCCCCCUUAUGCUAACUAAACCCCCCUUCUCAUGUUAUUCAAACCCCCCUUAUGCUAACUAAACCCCC